AGAUAUGCGGUACUUUAAUUAAUAGGUGAUAAUGCGACAUUGUAAAGGUGAUAAUUAUAUUAUAACAGAGAGGACAGUUAAGAAAACAAUUUGUUGAAAGUACGAAAAAACAACAUCAAAGCACCGAAAUAAUAGAGACUAAUGAUUGCAACUGUCUUUGAACUACCGGCGUCCAAAUGUAUAUAAACUUUCUAUAUGAGCAAGAGAGUGCAUGCUCACCAUCAUGCAAUUUCGUGUGAUAUGUGCGGUAACUGGCAGCACAGAAAAUGUGGAUCAACAGGUAUCACCGUAAAACAGUAUAAGGCUGCUGUUGCUGCUGGGUCAGAUUUGGCAUUUAUAUGUGCACCAUGUGAACUGAAAAUUCCGCCAGUAGACGAUGAUCACAAUAGCGUAACAGAUGACGAAAUUCAAAUGGAUCUUGAGCAGACUGUUCCACACCCUGACAGCCUCAAACCUAAAUGUAUUUUUGCCAUACCUGACAGUCUUCACCCUGGGGACUUCUAA